AUGCGGACCUCACUGCGUCCGCCCCUCCUUUCCCCGCACGUGAUGGAGUCCCGCCAGGUGUCCAGGAGCCCACGGGUGUGGCUGCUGCUGCUGCUGCUCCUUGUGCCCGGGGACGCCCGUCCCACCCCGGGAGUCGCCCUGCCCCCCGCAGGGGUUCUCAGCCUCCGCAUCCCGGUGCGGGCCCGGGCGGUCCCGGCCACCCCGGCAUCGCGGCGGAGCCUGGCGCUGGCGGACGACGUGGCUUUCCGGGAGCGCGCGCGGCUGCUGGCCGCCCUGGAGCGCCGCCAGUGGCUGAACUCCUACAUGCAGAAGCUGCUGGUGCUGGGCGCGCCCUGAGCGCCCCCAACGCCCGCCCAAAUAAAGACCCGCGGACAGCUCGCGACCACGCCUCCUUCCUGUGUGACCGCGUGUG